AUGUACGAACACGUAACAAAAUAUUUGAAAAAAAUGGAAAAUAAUUUCUUUUACGUUAUAAAUGAAAACCAGCCUCAAAGUCUUUUUACAUAUCUACAGAGGGAUAAUACGUACGACGAUAUGAUAGAAAUGUUGAAGUUAUUUCAAAAGUAUAAAAAUGAUGCUAAUGCAUUAGUUGACCAUCGGAUUUUGGAUCUUGGAUAUAUGGACCAAGUGGAUUUGAAGAAUUACCUGCGGGAUCUAACUGAAAGUUAUAUAGAACAUAUCGUUGAAAAAUUUAUUGAUAAGUUCAUUAGAAAUCAUGAAAUUUUGUGUAAUGAAUUCAAAGAAAUGGCCUCACGUGCUUUUACUAAAACGAAAAGUACCGAAGAGUUUUUUGCCCUGGGAAAUUACAUGUUGUACGCUGCUACCAAGUUUAUGGCCGAUAUGACUAAAACAGUAAAAGAUUUAUGUAAAGUUGCAUGUAACGUAUCUCAGUACGCUGUGUUGCCUCAAAAAUUUUGGGAUGCACAAGCGUCCUCAAUGAAGUGGUUACGAGACGUAAAACCGAUUUUUGUUGAAUAUUCUACUUUAUACGAAGUAGAAAAAUUAAACGCAGAAGUCGCAUUGUCAGACGAAAUCAGUUCUUUAAAUUAUGAUCUGUACGCUUUUGAACCAAACCUUACGUUCUUGAACAAUAUCGAUCAAAUUGACAAGCUCUACGAAUAUAAAUUGUUUAUUAGUGAUAUACAUAGAAAAAUAGAAACAUUUGAUGCUAGGGUUGCAUGGGUUAAUAGGGAAGAAGAGUUAUUUAACAAGCCAAUUAGCGAAUUUAAAGAACUUGCUGAAAUCAAAAAUUUUAUUGAACCAUUAGUCGAUAUUAUUAUAUUUUCCUAUACUUGGUUGUUGAAGUACAAUGCGUGGAUGCAUGGUGAUUUUGACGAUCUUAGUUUACCUGAAAUGGAGAUAGUCUUCGAUGACUUUUAUAAGGAAGCAAUGAAAAAGCAAAAGUCUUUGAGAAUCAAAUGUAAAGAAAUGUUAUCACAAAAUACUAAUAAAAAAUAUGAGGGUAUAAUAGGUGGUACUGAAUUGGACGAGUUUCCGGCGCCUUUAAAAAUAGCACAACAAACAAUAGAAAGCAUGAAAGAGUUCAGGCAAUACAUGCCAAUUGUUGGAAUUAUGUGUAAUCCAGAUUUAAAAGAACGGCAUUGGGCAGAUAUGUCUGAAUUAAUUGGAUUUGACUUGACUCCAAAUGCUGGUACAACACUUACAAAAAUGAUUGAUUUAAAACUAGAAGACAAACUACCUCAGUUUGAUGUCAUCAGCAUAAGUGCCACUAAAGAAGAACAAUUAAGAAAAUCGUUGGAAAAAAUGAAAGAAGAUUGGACUUCCAUUAUACUAUCUACUAGCCCAUACAAGGAUACAAAAAUAAAUAUAUUAUCUGGAGUAGAUGAUAUACAAUCAGUACUUGAUGAUCAUCUGAUUAAGACUAUAUCAAUCCGUGGAUCAGCCUUUGUUAAACCUAUUAGAGAGGAAAUAAAAGAAUGGUAUGAAACGGUUAAUCGUAUGAAUAAUACACUAGAAGAGUGGACAAAAGUGCAGAUACAAUGGCUUUACCUUAUGCCAAUAUUUAGUUCCAAAGAUAUAGUUGCUCAGAUGCCCAAAGAAGGAGCACUAUUUAAUGAAAUAAAUGUGACUAUCAAAAAAAUUUUAGGUUUGAUAGAUGUAGAUCCAUUAGCUAUUAAAUGUAUUGGUCAGGAAGGCAUAUUAGAAUCAUUGAUUCAUUGUAUGGAGCUGAUGGAAACUAUUAACUCAGGAGUUAAUAGUUACUUGGAGAACAAACGUUUAUACUUUCCAAGAUUUUUCUUUCUUUCAAACGACGAAAUGUUAGAAAUCUUAUCAGAGACCAAAAAUCCCAAAAAAGUUCAGCCUCAUUUAAAAAAAUGCUUUGAGGGAAUAGCUAAACUUGAGUUUAAUGAGAAUUUGGACAUUUUGAAAAUGUUAAGUAGUGAAGGAGAAGAAAUUGCUUUAAGCCAAUAUAUUUCUACUGUAGAAGCCCGUGGAAGCGUAGAAAAGUGGCUCCUUCAGGUAGAAGAACAAAUGAUUAUAUCAAUUAGAAUAUCUAUUGAAAAUGCAUUUAUUGAAUAUCCAACAAUAAAACGAACCUUGUGGGUACAAAAAUGGCCAGGUCAAAGUGUUUUAUGUGUUGGUCAAAUAUUUUGGACAACUGAAGUUCAUGAAGUACUGAAUAUGGGAAAACCUGAUCAAAUGCGAACUUACUAUAAAUUUUUGACUAACCAAUUAAAUGAUAUUGUGGAUUUAGUACGUAGUAAAUUGAGCAAGCAAACAAGAAUAUCACUAAGUGCGUUGGUUACGUUGGAUGUUCAUGGCAGAGAUGUUGUUGACGAUUUGGCUAACAAUAACGUUACUCAUCAUAUGGACUUUAAAUGGCUUAGUCAGUUGAGAUAUUACUGGGAAAAUGAUACCUUAGUUCGUAUUACAAACGCGACUAUAAAUUAUGCAUACGAAUACCUUGGAAAUACGCCAAGACUUGUAAUCACUCCUUUAACGGAUAGAUGUUACCGUACGCUAAUUAGUGCUUAUCAUUUACACUUAAAUGGUGCUCCUGAGGGGCCAGCUGGUACUGGUAAGACUGAAACAACAAAAGAUUUAGCAAAAGCUUUAGCUGUGCAGUGCAUUGUCUUUAAUUGCUCCGAUAGUCUAGAUUACUUGGCUAUGGGAAAGUUUUUCAAAGGACUUGCUUCGGCUGGAGCGUGGGCUUGUUUCGAUGAGUUUAACCGAAUUGACAUCGAAGUAUUAUCAGUAGUGGCACAACAAAUUCUAUGUAUAGUUCAAGCAGUGAGAACGAACUUGAAAACUUUCAAUUUUGAAGGCACAGAGUUAGAAUUGAACCCAAGAUGUUAUAUCUGCAUUACUAUGAAUCCGGGAUACGCUGGCAGAUCUGAACUUCCUGAUAAUUUAAAGGUUCUAUUUAGAACCGUGGCUAUGAUGGUACCGGAUUAUGCAUUGAUUGGAGAAAUAUCAUUAUACUCAUAUGGAUUUGUGAAUGCAAGAGAAUUAUCUGUUAAAAUUGUAACUACGUACAAGCUUUGCUCCGAACAAUUGUCAUCUCAAUCGCAUUAUGAUUAUGGUAUGCGUGCUGUUAAAACGGUUCUUAUAGCAGCUGGGAAUUUAAAAAUGAAGUUUCCAAACGAUGAUGAGUCAGAACUAUUACUCAGAUCUAUUUUGGAUGUAAAUUCCGCUAAAUUUCUUAACAAAGAUGUUCCUUUGUUUAAGGGAAUUAUUUCUGAUUUAUUUCCGAGCGUAACGUUACCAAAUCCUGACUAUAGAAAUUUAAUUAGUGCCGCAACUAUUAUAUGCACAAGAAUGAAUUUACAACCAACUGACUCUUCUUUGGAAAAAUUAAUUCAAAUAUAUGAAAUGAUGAUAGUUAGACACGGUUUUAUGUUGAUUGGAAAUCCAUUUGGAGGAAAAACUUCACUACUUCAUUUGCUCGCAGAAACUUUAAAUUUACAGAAUGAACUUAACCAAGACGAAGAAAAAGUUGAAUAUGAAACAGUUAAUCCUAAAUCAUUGACUAUGGGUCAGCUUUAUGGGUGUUUCGAUGAAGUUUCACAUGAAUGGUCUGACGGUAUUGUGGCAAAUACAUUUAGAACGUUUUCGAUGUCAGAGACAACAAAUAGAAAGUGGUUGAUAUUUGACGGUCCUGUUGAUGCAGUUUGGAUAGAAAAUAUGAAUACAGUAUUAGAUGAUAACAAAAAAUUGUGCUUAAGUUCUGGUGAAGUAAUUGCUAUGCCAGACUGUAUGUCAAUGAUAUUUGAAGCUAUGGACCUUUCACAGGCUUCUCCCGCUACUGUGUCUCGCUGUGGAAUGAUUUAUUUAGAUCCAACAAUUUUGGGUUGGAGACCUUUAAUUGUAUCCUGGUUAAAAACUUGUCCUGAAUUUUGGUCUUCUGAUCAAAAUGGAAUUGACAUAAUGUGCUUAUUUGAUUGGUUAACUCCUCCAUGUUUAUACUUUGUGCGUCGUAAUUGUGUUCAAUUAACUAAUGCUGGAGAAACCAAUACUGUUUUAAAUGUUUUAAACAUACUGGAGAUGCAGUUGAAAAAUGCAAUCAAACCAAACAAGCAACCAGGCAAAGAUACCAAUACAAACGUAAACUUUUAUGAAUUCUUUACGAAUUACUUACAAGGAGCUUUUGUAUAUGCUUCUAUUUGGGGUUUUGGUGGAACGUUGGAUUCAAAAUCACGACCAGUCUUCGACCUUUACUUUAAAGAAUUGUGGAAGGGUGAGAUCCCUGAUUUUACACCACCAGCAGAAUUAAGCCCAUUAAGCAUUAUUAUACCCAACGAGGGAACGUUGUAUGAUUAUGUUUUUAUCUUUAAAUCAAAGGGAUCUUGGAAACAUUUAUUGGAAAUUAGAAAUAAUAAUAAACUCGAAGAAAUGGCUAAUAUAGAACAAACUUUAGUACCAACUCUUGACACUGCUAGGUACAUGCACUUAGUUGACAUGUUUAUCUCUAAUCGAAAACCGUUUUUACUGUUUGGUCCAACGGGCACAGGAAAAAGUUUCUACGUAAAAAAUUAUAUGAUGAACAAAUUAUCCUUGGAUGAAUAUGUUCCAUCUUUUGUCACUUUUACAAUUCAAACAUCAGCUAACUUCACUCAAGAAAUAAUUUUAUCUAAGCUCAUAAAACGCAAACGUGGUGUAUAUGGUCCACCCAUUGGAAAGGUCUGUGUAAUAUUUGUCGAUGACAUGAAUAUGCCUAUCAAAGAACAAUAUGGAGCGCAGCCCCCAAUUGAGUUAUUGAGACAAUAUUUUGAUCAUGGAUAUUGGUACGAUUUACUGGAUACAACCAAAGUUUAUCUUCAAGAUGUUCUCUUGUUGACUGCAAUUGGUCCAACUGGUGGAAGUAGACAAGAUGUGUAUGCUAGAUUCCUGCGACAUUUCGGCUUGUUUGCUAUAAACUCGUUUGACGAUGAAAGUAUAAACAAAAUAUUCUCAACAUUACUUCAAAUUGGAUUGAGAAGAAAUGGUUUUACAUUAGAAGUGAUACCAAUUAUCGAUAAUCUAGUUCAAUCAACAAUUGAUUUAUAUAGAUCAGCUAUACAAAAAUUAGCUCCUACUCCAAAUAAAUCACAUUACCUAUUUAAUUUAAGAGAUAUUUCGAAAGUAACGAAUGGAAUACUCAUGUUUCGUAAAGAAAGCUUUACUCAUCGGUCAUUAUUUGUGAAAUUAUGGGUACAUGAAGUAAUGCGAGUAUUUUUCGAUCGUCUAGUUGAUGAUAAAGAUAGAGAAUGGUUAUUUAAUGAAAUUCGUUUGAAUGUUGGUUCCAAUUUCAAAGAAAUAUUUGAUGUUGUUUUUAAAAAUUUAUCAAAUACAACUCCGAUUAUCUACCAAGAUAUGAGAAAUCUUUUAUUUACAAAUGUAUUGGAUAUUGAUGCCAUAGAAGACAAAAAGUAUGAACAACCAGCAUCAUACAACCAAUUCGUAGAAUUAGCUCAUAUGAUGAUGGAUGAAUAUGACACGACUCAUAAUCCAAAAUUAAACAUAGUUUUGUUUAAGUACGCUAUUGAGCAUCUAUCAAAGAUCUGUAGAAUAAUAAGCAUAUCCGGUGGAUCUGCAUUAUUAGUAGGAGUAGGAGGCUCAGGACGACAAUCACUCACACGUUUAGCAGCAACAAUGUAUGGUUACAAUGUUUUUCAACCGAAGAUUACCAAAAACUACGGGUUUAACGAAUGGAGAGAUGAUUUGAAGACAAUAUUGAAGGAUUCUGGAGGAAGAAAUCGUCCAACAAUUUUUUUGUUCGCCGAAGGACAAAUAAAAGAAGAAUACUUUUUACAAGAUAUUGAUGCUUUGUUAAAUUCAGGAGAAGUUCCAAAUCUAUUUACAUUAGAGGAACAACAAAAUAUUCUAGAGAUGGUUCGAUUAGCUGCUCAAGGAGGAAACAGAAAUUUGGAUAUUGCUCCAUUAGUUGUUUUUAAUUAUUUCAUCAAUCGAUGUAAACAAAAUUUGCAUUUAUGUCUUUGCUUUAGUCCAAUCGGAUCUUCAUUUAGAAAUCGUCUGAGACUUUAUCCAUCAAUGGUUAGUUGUUGUACGAUUGACUGGUUUGAAGAUUGGCCUGAAGAUGCAUUGGAAAUGGUUGCACAUAAGUACUUGAAAAAUGCAAAUCUUCCUGAAAAAAUAAAAAUGUCUGCAGUUACUGUUUGUCAACGGUUUCAUGUCGAUGCUAGGAAAUUAUCGUCAGAAUUUUAUUCUACCACUCGGCGUCGUACAUAUAUUACAUCUGCAUCAUAUCUAGAUUUAAUUAAAGCAUACACUGACUGUACUAGUAUUAAGCAAAAAGAAAUUAUGGAAUUAAAAAUGCGUUAUGUCAGUGGCCUUCGAGAAUUAGAAUAUGCCACAGUACAAGUAAAUCAGAUGAAAGAAGACUUAUUUAAGCUUCAACCUCAAUUAAAACAAGCUCAAAAAGAGGCUGAUGAAAUGAUGAAAAUAAUUUCUCGUGAAACUGUUGAAGUUGAAAAAGCUACUGCUAGAGUACAGGUAGAUGAACAAGCAGCUAAUGUCCAAGCUGAAUCUGCAAAUAAAUUAAAAUUAGAAUGUGAAACUGACUUAGCUUUGGCUAUACCUAUUUUGGAAGAUGCAAUUAAUGCUUUGAAUACUCUUAAACCGUCUGAUAUUACAUUAGUAAAAUCAAUGAAAAACCCUCCUAUAAUAGUGAAAACUGUAAUGGCAGCAGUGUGUGUAAUGAUCAACGUAUUACCAGAUAAAAUCCCCGACCCAAAAAGGCCAGGAUAUAAUAUACUUGAUUAUUGGGGCCCAAGUAAACGCUUAUUAGGUGAUAUCAACUUUUUAGACAAAUUAAAGAAGUAUGAUAAAGAUAACAUACCUGUAAAAGUUAUGGAUGACAUAAGACUUACAUAUCUUCCGGACCCACAUUUUAAACCAACAAUCGUAGCCAAAGCUUCUAGUGCUGCAGAAGGUUUAUGCAAAUGGAUUAUUGCGUUGGAUAUGUAUGAUAGAGUAGUAAAAAUCGUAGCACCGAAAAAAGAAAAAUUGGAGAUAGCUAAUACAGAAUACGAAGAAACUAUGGCGAUAUUAAUAAAAAAACGAAAUGAAGUAAAAGAACUACAGGAUAGAUUAGAUUCCCUAAAAGAGCGUUUGGCGGAUACUAUUUUAAAUAAAGAAAAAUUACUUACAGAAGUAGAAUUAUGUGAAAGAAAGUUAAUCAAAGCUGAAAAACUAAUAAGAAGUCUUGGCAGUGAGAAAGAUCGUUGGUCAGAUCGUGCUAAUGAACUUCAGAUCAACUACGAUUGCAUACCUGGUGAUAUUCUCAUAUCUUGUGGAAUAAUCGCUUAUUUGGCUCCAUUUACGUCAAAUUUCAGAUCAUCUAUCAUCAAUGAAUGGCGAACAUUAUGCCUUAAUUUAAAAAUUCCCAGCUCAAAAAGUUACAGUUUGAUCAAUGUUCUUGGUGUACCAAUUAAAAUUCAAAAUUGGACCAUAGAUGGUUUACCAAUGGAUUUGUUUUCGAUCGACAAUGCCAUUAUUAUGGAUGAAUCUCAAAGAUAUUCUUUGCUGAUUGAUCCUCAAGGUCAGGCUCACAAAUGGAUUAAAACAAUGGAAAAAAUCAAUGAUAUCGUUAUUGUUAAAUUGACAAACCCGAAUUACAUGAAAAUAAUUGAAAUUGCUAUUGAAAUCGGAAAACCCAUAUUAAUUGAAAAUGUACAAGAAGAAUUAGAUCCUCCUUUAGAUCCAAUAUUAUUAAAGCAGAUAUAUAGACAAGGAAUAACGAUGUUUAUUACACUUGGAGAUAAUACCAUUGAGUAUAACCCAAAUUUCCGAUUGUAUAUCACAUCAAAACUAAGAAAUCCUCAUUAUUUACCAGAAAUAUUUAACAAAGUAACUAUUAUCAAUUUUGCAUUGACAGUAGAAGGGCUAGAAGAUCAACUUUUAGGGAUUGCUGUGGCCAAAGAACGACCUGAUUUGGAAUUCAAAAGAAAGAAAUUAAUUGUGGAAGGUGCUGAAAAUGCUAAAACACUUUUGAACGUUGAAAACAAUAUUCUACAAAUUCUUUCAGCACCGGGAAACAUUUUAGAAGAUGAGGAUGCAGUUGAUGUUUUAGAAAAUGCAAAGUUACUAGCUAUACAAAUCAUAAAGAAACAAGCGGCUUCAGUUGAAACAGUUGCAAUUAUUGAUAAAUUCAGAUUACAAUAUAACCCAUUAGCUAAGCACUGUUCUAUUCUUUAUUACUGCAUAACUGAUUUGCCUAAUAUUGAUCCAAUGUAUCAAUAUUCUUUAACCUGGUUCAUCAAUAUAUUUAUUAUGACAGUCGAAACAGCAAAGAAAUCGAAAAUAAUCAAUGUACGAUUGGAAGCCCUCAAAAAUACAUUUACUUAUAACUUGUACACUAAUGUAUGUCGGUCAUUAUUCGAAAUUGAUAAGACGUUAUUUUCUUUUAUCAUGUGUACUACAAUAAUGCUAUCAGAAAAAAAGAUCGACAAACAAGAACUUAUGUUUCUUAUGACUGGUGGUGUAGGUUUAAAAAACAAUAUACCAAAUCCUGCAUCAAAUUGGUUGCAGGAUAAAAAUUGGGAUGAGCUAUGUCGCUUGGAUGAAUUAAACACGUUUAAAGGCAUAAAAAAUGAUUUUAUACAAAAAGUGAAUGACUGGAAAGAAUACUAUGAUCAAGCUGAUCAGGAAGAUUCAACGUUUCCUAAUCCCUGGUACGAUAAGUUGAGUGAUUUUCAGCGCAUCCUUGUUGUCCGUACUAUUAGACCAGACAAAGUCAUACCAAUUAUAAUAAAAUUGAUUGAAUCAGAACUUGGAGAAAAUUUCAUUCAACCACCACCAUUUGACAUACAAAAGUCUUACAAUGACUCGUAUUGUCUAAAUCCGUUAAUAUUUAUCCUCUCCCCAGGGGUAGAUCCUAUGGUAAGCUUGUUACAGUUUGCAAAUAAAAUGGAUAAGACGGAAACAAUUCAAAGUGUUUCGUUGGGCCAAGGACAAGGUCCUAUAGCUGAAUCAUUAAUACAAAAUGCACAAAAAACGGGAGGAUGGGUUUGUUUACAAAAUUGUCAUUUAGCUACCUCAUGGAUGGAACAGUUAGAAACUAUAUGCGAUUCGUUCGAUAUAUCAAACGUGAAUAGUGAAUUUAGACUGUGGUUGACGAGCUACCCAUCGGACAAAUUCCCAGUUUCCGUUCUCCAAAAUGGUGUUAAAAUGACUAACGAACCUCCAACUGGUCUACAAGCAAAUAUGUUAAGAAAUUAUCAGUCUUAUCCCGUAAAAGAUGAAGUGUUUUUCGAUGGGUGUGUUGGUAAAAAAAACAUAUUCACAAAACUUUUGUAUGGCAUUACGUUUUUCCAUGCCGUCAUCCAAGAAAGAAAAAAAUUUGGACCGAUCGGUUGGAAUAUACCAUACGGUUUCAAUGAAUCUGACUAUCACAUUUCUAUACAACAACUUCAAAUGUAUAUAAACGAAUUCGACGAAAUACCGUUCGAGGCUAUUACAUACUUGACUGGUGAAUGCAACUACGGUGGUAGAGUGACUGAUGACUGGGACAGGCGUACAUUGAACACAAUUUUGUCUAUUUUUUGUUGUCCGUCAGUAGUCGAAGAUCCCCAUUAUUUGUUCUGUGAUAUUAGUUCCAAAUAUGGAAUUCCUUAUAGCAACAAUUACAGCGAUUUUAUAAAACAAAUUGAAGAAAUUCCGGCCGUCCCAAGUCCAGAAGUAUUUGGAUUGCAUUUGAAUUCGGGCAUUACUCGUGAUUUACAGAGUACAAUGCAUCUUUUUGACUCGUAUAUAUUGAUUGCAGAAUCCAGUGGUGGUAGUGACGAUCCUGAUGCAACUGAGAAUUUAUUGAUAGCAAUUGCUUCCAAUAUACUAGAAAAGCUUCCAAAGAAUUUUGAUAUUGAAAUGGCAACAGAAAAAUACCCCGUUUUGUACACAGAGUCUAUGAACACGGUUCUUGUUCAAGAAAUGGAACGUUUUAACAUACUACUGUCUAUUAUUCGUAAAAGCUUGCAAGAUCUUAUAAAAGCCAUCAAAGGAGCUAUUGUAAUGACGUCUGAACUAGAAACCAUGGCCAUAUCGUUAUCUGUGGCCAAAUACCCGGCAUUUUGGUCAAAGUUUUCCUAUCCCAGUCUUAAGUCUUUAGGUGGAUAUAUAACUAAUUUUAUUGAACGACUUGAUUUCUUACAAGUUUGGUACGACAAUGGCAAACCAGAUAAUUUCUGGUUAAGUGGACUAUUUUUUACACAAGCAUUCCUUACCGGAGCAAUGCAAAAUUUUGCUCGUCGUUACACUAUACCGAUAGAUCAAUUAUGCUUUGAUUUUCAAGUUCAACGCUCUGAUCGAAUCAAUGCAUCUCCCAAAGACGGAGUAUAUUGCUACGGUUUAUUUUUAGACGGCGCUCGUUGGAAUAGAACUAGGAUGGUGCUAGAUGAACAGUUGCCAAAAGUAUUAAGUGAUGUAUUACCAUUAGUAUGGUUCAAACCUAUAAAGAAAGUUGAAUUAAAGCAAGGCAGUAGAUACACAUGUCCUGUAUAUAAGACUUCGGAGAGAAAAGGAAUACUGUCGACAACAGGUCAUUCUACCAAUUACGUUCUACCAAUGUUUCUCGACACCAACAAAAAAGCUUCUCAUUGGAUAUACCGCGGAGUAGCUCUACUAUGUCAAUUGAAUGAUUAAAAUAUUACUUUUAUUUUGCGAUUUAUGUGAAUUUUUUCCUCAUUGCAUAGUUGA